AUGGCAUCUUGUUAUGCAUUGCCAUAUGGCAUAUUUGGUUUUACUUGCUGGACUUUGUCAUUAUUAUCAAAUUUUUUUAUUAUAUUUGGUAAUUUACCACUGUUCACUCCAUGGCUAUGGCGUAAAGAGGUUUAUGAAUCACAGAGCAUAUACUUUGCUUUUAUCGCAUCUCUUAUGACUAUUGGGCCAGCCAUUUAUACAUGUAUACGUUGUCAUGAAGAAUGGAUCUUAAUAAUUUUGGCUGUUGGGCAACUCUCUCCAUGGGCAUUUAAAAUGAUAAAUGAUGCCGAGGCAUCUAAAUCAAAUUAUUUAGAUCGUGACUAUUUUUACCUUGCAUGUGGAAUUCCUUUGACAAUUUUACUAUCUAUUACUGGAUGGACAGGUCUAAUAGCAUUAAUUAUUAAGUUAGAACAUACGCAAUAUGCAGUUAAUCAUUUUAUAUUUAUUUUACUUGCGUCAUUCUUGUUUUUGAUAUGUAUACCAUAUGUGAAAGGAGACUCUAAAAAGGCUAUUAGAUAUAUGAUCUGUUACGUAGCUGCAACAACUCAUCUUAUAGGAACACAUUAUAUACUUGGUAAAAUUUCUGGAGAUUUCUCUGGGCUUAAAUCUUCAGGGGUUUUGUCUGCAUUAAUUUUCUUUGUUGGAAAGCGUCUAUUAUUUUUAGACAUUUCAUGUAAUUGUUAA